AUGGCCGCCAGCAUGGCCGAGAUGAUGGCCUUGCUUCGGGGCCCGACUCGCGCAUCUUCGAGCUCCACCCCGCCUCUCGCACACGGGUCAACGGUUGACCCAGCUCUUUGGGUCCUGCCGACCCAUGUACCAAAAAGCAAUGUCAUGGCCGCCCCUGCGCCAACGGCCGUCCAGGCGCCCGUCCUUCCCUCGACGCACAUACUGGCAGUCUAUCCGAUUGACACCCUCCAAUCGCAAUCCACCAUUCCUGCGGCCAUAUCGCUUCCGCCGAUGACAAUUCUAGCACCAGAUCCGACUAUGUUCGCACCGCCUUUCGUGUCCAUGCCGGUCCCAGUCAUGAUCUACACAGUUCCUCCGCCGAUGGUCUUCUCGGCGUCGAGCGCCCCUGCUCCUACCCAAACUACUGAGCCUUUUCCUUUCCCAACUCUACAAUCCCACAUCGGCCUCCCCUACCAAGCACCACCUCCCAUAAAUAUCCCUUUCCCUGAAUCGGGCACACCGACCCACGCGGCCCCAGUAGCUCCACCCUCAAAUAUCCUCCUCGAGGCGGAGACCGAGCAGAAGAGGAGAAUGAAGAAGAUGGAGGAGACUAUCGGGACUCUUUAG